UUCUCUUUCUCUCUUUUUUUUAAAUUUAUAUUCAUCCUUUCAAAUAUUAGAAUACAAACAAGUUUUUUAACAACAACUUUAGUACUCUCAAGUUCAUAUAUCAUUUUAUGAAUGAUGGCUUCAACCUCAGACAUCACCACCGUCCAUCCUGACAUCAUUCACUCUCACAUCCUCACUCGUCUCGACGGUCCCACCCUUGCCUCCGCCGCCGCCUCCUCCUCUCAUCUCCGCCGCCUCUGCACCGAACACAAUCUCUGGCGAAACAUCUGCACCGACAUGUGGCCUUCCCUUCACGACCCUCUUACCACCGCCCUCAUCUCCACCUUCCCCGCCGCUCACCGUUCCAUCUUCUCCGACUCCUUCCCUUCCCUCCAUCAUUCCUAUUCCUCCCAUCACCACCCGACGCCGUCGCCGACGGAGCUCGUCUCCGCCGUCGACCUCUACUAUAAGGGAAAACCCGUCUUUUCCAGGGUCGUCCGAACGGAGACCAACAAGGGCUGGUUCCUCUGUUCACCGCUCUGGAUCGAACUGGUUGACCCGAACGAGUUCGUCCCAACCACCGUGAAGUUCGCGCAAAACGGCGAUGAAGAAGAGUGGCUCAAGCACCUCGAGGAGAAUCUGAGCUUGAGCUGGAUCAUGAUCGACCCGACCCGGAAGCGCGCCGGGAACUUAUCAAGCCGGAGGCCGGCGGUGGUGCGGCGGCACUGGCUGACCGACGAGGUCGAGGUUCUAUACGCGGUGGUGAUGGGGGUUGUUCAGUGCUCCAUUAAGGUCACGUGCUGCGGAAAAGUUGGGGGUGAGAUGCACGUGAGGGAAGUUAGUCUAACGAUGGAGGAUAUGGAAGGAAGGCAUGUUGUCGGGAGGGAUAGUAUGGUAAUUUUGCAAGAGGCGAUGGAGAAUGGGGAGAGGAAGAAAGUGGAUGUAGAGGAAGCGAAGAAGAGUUUUGAGAAGUUUUGUUUGAUGAAGAGAGAGAUGAGAGAGAAGAAGAUAAAGAGAGAGAAAGCAUUGGACAUGGUUGCUAUGUUGGUCGCUUUCACUGUUUUCGCAUUCCUCUUCUGUUUGGUCAGGUUUUGUGUUUGACAAAACAAAAUCCAACUUAACUAAUAAAUCUUUGGUACUACUGUUGUACUAAAGAUUCAGUAUAUCUCACUAAUAAAAAUUAAAAUUCUGUUUUUUCUGUCAGAUUUUUUUUCUCUCCUCUGAUGUGUAAUGUUCAUUGAUGAGAUACACUGAAUUUACGUAUAGUACUAGUACUAAAGAUUUAUUCCAAGUUAAGACACUCCAAUCAUUCAAUGUGUGUCUUAAU